AAAUAACUAGAUCGUGGCGUAAAGCCAGACAUCUAUCUAUCAGUUAAUAUUGGUCAGCUUUAUGUACAUUAUAUUUUAGUUUAUUUACAUAAAUAUAUUAAGUUUAAUAAUAUAAUUAGUUGUUGAAACAGUUAAUUAAAUGAAGGUAUUUCUUUGGAGCUAUUUCACGGAAAGUAUUACAAUUCUCAAGAUUGCCUAACUGAAUGUUAUGCCCGAAUCAUCUGGCAACAUUGAGGAGAUACACCACUCCCUAAAGGCCACACUUGGCCGUGGUCAUUCUGAUCUUGAUCAUGAUGUUGUGGCAGCUUCUAAACGGGUAUUGCUUGAGAAUAUUGCAUUUGUACCAGCCCAGACUCCAUAUACAAUGCAGCGUGAUGUUUUAAAAGCAAAAUACAUAUCUUUAAACCCUCCUAUCUCAGGAUGGGAAUUAGGGGACAAGUCACAACAGACCCCAAAAGAGCAAAUUAACAAAAAUAUGAAUAACCUGUCUAGUACUGAAAAAAAUAGUGAUGGCCUUCCAACACCAAAAGUAGUUCUUUAUCCAGAAGAAAAAGUUAAAAUGGAGUGGACAAGGAUGACUAGAAUAGGUGCUGGUCUUGUUAACAUGGGCAACACUUGUUUCUUUAAUUCAACUCUGCAGUGUCUUACUUACACAGCCCCUCUUGUCAACUACUGUUUCAGCAAUGACCACAGAGAUAAAUGUAAGAGAAAAGAUUUUUGCAUGAUGUGCGAGAUUCAAAGCCAUAUAAAGAGCUCUUUGGAUUGCGGUGGAAGGUCUAUCAAGCCACAUUCAAUACUGCAAAAACUGAGAUGUAUUGCUAAACAUAUGAAGUGGGGAAGGCAGGAAGAUGCCCAUGAAUUCCUUAGAUUUGUUGUUGACCACUUGCAGCAGUCUUGCUUAAAUGGAGAGACCAAACUUGACCAGUUUAGUAAAGAUACAACUGUUAUAAAUCAAAUUUUUGGUGGAUAUCUUAGGAGUCAAGUAACCUGCUUGCGCUGUCAUGCCAAAUCAAAUACUUUUGAUCCAUUCAUGGAUAUUAGUUUGGAUAUUAAGGGUGUCAAUACAGUUGAAGAAGCAUUGGCCAAGUUUGUCAAGCCAGAAACAUUGGAGCAAGAAAAUGCCUACAAAUGUCCAAAGUGCAAACACAAAGUGAGGGCACAGAAGUGUUUUUCUAUACAAAAAGCUCCAAAUGUUUUGACUCUGCAAUUGAACAGGUUUGACUUUCAUCGGCAUCUCUCAGGAAAAAUCAAUCGUUUUAUAAAGUAUCCAGAAAAAAUAAAUUUGAGGAGUUAUAUGAGCCAAAAACAGGGUGAGCCAAUUUUCUAUCAUCUAUAUGGUGUUCUGGUUCAUUCUGGUCAUAGCAGCGAACAUGGCCACUACUACAGUUACGUAAAGUCUCCAAGCAAGACAUGGUAUUGCAUGAAUGACUCAAUGGUCCAUCAAGCUCCAUUUAAUAAUGUCUUCAAUGCUGAUGCUUAUGUGCUUUUUUAUGCUCGGAUCAACAAAAAUGUUGUUAGUUCAACAAGCCACACUCCCCCUGUUAAGAGCCCAUUUAUAGGCCCAAUACUUCCAAAUCAUCAGCCGUCUAACAGUGGAAUUAAUGGAAUUCAAGGGAAACCUACCAGUGAGCUUGGCACACCUAUAAAGCGACAAGAAUCUUCAAGUGGAAUAACUAAUGGACAAAAGAGUGCCCCAGUUCAGACUAAUAACAGUUGGUUACCUGCUGCACAUACGAGAAUAAGCUUUCCUAUUGUGAAACCAAAUGAGGUAGUACAGGAUGAUGGGAAAAGGAUUGUUCUACAGAUCAAGCAUGGUAACUCUACUACAAUGGAGAAGUCACCUGAUGGGAAAUCUAAAGUUGUGAACGGCCUAUCUUCACAUACUGCUCUUGUUCCUUACAACAGUGACUCAGAACAAGAAGACACACCUGUCUCUGUACCUGACAAAAAAACACAGCAUCAGGUUUCAGGAGAAAAGGAUUCUAAAUUAGCAACUGUAUCUAGUUCAUUGUCUUUUUCCUCCAAAAUUGCAACAAAAAUGACAGGAGAAGGAGAUGCUAAACUGCAAGCCCAUGAGCCCAAUUCACUACCAUCUGCUUCUUCCAAAAUUGUCGUUAAAAGGGCUGGAGAUGGCACCUCUUCAUUGUCUUCUCAUGACUCACCCAAGCCUGUAAUAAAAGUGACUGGACAUGGAGAUGCCAAAACUCUAACACUUGAAUCUAGUUCACCAUCCUCAUCUUCCACAAAGCUAGGUAUAAAAAUGACAGGAGCACCAGAUGCCAAAGUAUUGUCUGAAGAGAAAGAUGUCUCCAUCUUGUCAAACAAACAUUCCUCCAAAACACCACCCUUAAUACUUCCUGUCUCCCCUUCUAGUAGUAAUAAAAUAAAAAGCACAGGUGGUAGCUGGUUGAUUCAGUCCCAAGAUUGUGCUCCCAGCCCUAGGGGAUCAUGCUCUAGUUCAAACAGUGUCAAUUCAACAACUGAAUGGACAGUAGAAUCAAAAGAAGUCAAUAAAGUGUCUAGUUCAGUAUCAGACAAGUGUACACCUGCUGAUUUACACAAACAUUCUCAUACAGAAAAAACAGUUGGUUCAUCUUCUGGCAGCUCAUCAGAUACUUCAAGUAAAAAGAAAAAGAAACACAAAAAGAAAAGUAAGAAGGAAAUGAGAGAUUCAUAUAGAAACAAGAAAAAACAUAAAAAGCAGAGCGGUACAGAUUACAAAAAGAAAAGCAAAUACAGGAAAGAAAGCAGCAGUGAGAGUGAGGAUGGCUACGAGUGGGUUGAAAAAACUAAAGAAACAGCACCUUUUCUUAACAACAGGGUUCAGCCAUGGAAUUUGCAUAUCAAAGAUGAUAUUGCACCAAAAAAAGAAAAUAAAACUAGUGAUUUUAAGACUGGUUGGGAUGGAAGUCGCCCUACCAAAGUGGCAACAGAAUUACAAGGAGACAGCUUUUCAUUUGGCAGUACAGUAUUAUCUUGGGAAGGUGGCAAAAACCACAUUGAGGAAGUUGUUAAAAGUAAGAAACGUCAUUGGUCAGAUGAUUACAAUGAUGAUAUAGAUUCUGGAAAGGUAAAAAAAGUCAAGAAAGUAAAAGAAACUUUUCUGGCAGACAACCCAUUUCAAAUGGUGCAGUCUGACAAAAUAAAGGCACAUGGAGGCUCAUGGAAUCAGGAUCAUAGAUACCAAUGGCCAGAUCAUAGAAGAAUCUCCACAUCUUAGUAUGCUCUGUACAUCAUGUUUGCAUUGAUUUUUAUGUGCAUAUGUUAAGCUGACAGCAAUUGGUUUUGUUCUCUUCUAUUGCAACUAUUUAAGAAAUUGUUUUACAAGAUUCAAUAUCAACCGUAACACAUUACAUUUAUUAAAUGCAUGCAUUUUUUUUUACGAAGAAAAAAGAAAUGAGCAAACUGUUUGUGAUUAAAAGUAAGGCAUCGCUAUGUCUUUUAUGUUAUAGCAUUUUAGUGGGGAGGAAUGUGCAAGCAAAAUUUUGCACAAAUGAGUGGGGACAUCUAUAUAUUAUGUAAAUAAAGGACUGAGAAUUUCUAUACAUAUGUACAUAACUUAGUUGGGGGCAAGUUCCCACAUAUUGUACAUAUUGGGGAGGGGGAAGUGUCCCCAUAAUGUACAUAGGGGAGGGCAGGGGGUUGUUUAAAUUAUGUAAAAUAAAUAGAAACAACUUUUAUUGAAAGUAUGGCAACUUAUGAAAUGCCUUUUCCUAUUGAUUGUUAGUAUCACUGUUUACAACUGUAUAUAACCAUCAAUAGACUUGUCAAUAAUUAACAGUCAUGUUCAUGUAUUUCAGAAUUUAAAUUAAACAUUUUGCUCUUUACUGUAUGCCCUGGUUAAGCAUCAAACAUUUUAACUCAUUCAUGUAAACUUUGGAUACAAAUAAAGUAUUUU